UGCAACCACACAUGACGCUCCUUUUGCAUCGAUGAAGACAGUGGGGGGUGGUUAAAGCAUGCCCGCAUGCGUUUCCUAGGAGUGAAUAAAAGAUGGCGUGUCCGCAGCUUCGCCGUCCUGGGCCCGAAUCUCCGGGCUCAUAUCGGGCACUGUACUGACUGACUGAGCCUGGCUUCGUUGAAAAAUAAGGAAUUCGUCGUGUCUUAAUGUCUUAUCCCUCUCAAUUCAAGGAUCUAGACACGUUGUGAAAGAAAAACCGUCUUUGUGCUCGUCUCGGAAGCUGCAUCCGUCUGGUCUACUCUCUUACGCCUCAGUAUCGUACGAGGUCUCGUCAAAGACGGGUAGAGGAGUUGAUCUGAGCAGAGACCCGCCCCUGAAGUCUGUAUCCUCGGCCAUUCGCCAUGCCACUUACCAAUGCAUCCUCCGAGUCGACAGACGUCGAGCGAGGUCCCACGAGCGCGGCAAAUGUCGAUAUCGAGAAACAAGCCGUUGCAGAGGCCCACCUCAAGAACACAACUGUCCAGAACGUCUCGUGGAGGGGAGUCACAGUUACCGUCAAGGACAGGAUCACAAAACAGCCCAAAACCAUCGUUGAGAAUAUCGAGGGCAUAGUCGAGGCCGGCGAGAUCUGCGCCCUGAUGGGCCCCUCAGGCUGCGGCAAGACGACUCUCCUCAACGUCCUCGCCUCGCGACCAACAGGCGCCCGCCACGCCGAGGGCACCGUGCUAGUCAACGGCUCUCUCCCGCCGCGGGCCGUGUUCCGGUCCCUGAGCAGCUUCGUGGAGCAGGAGGACGCGCUGACAGGGGCGCUGACGGUGCGGGAGACGCUGGCGUUCGCGUCGCGGCUCGCGACCCGCAGCGGCGGGCCCGGGCGCGCCGCCCGCGUCGACGGCCUGCUGCGCGCCUUCGGGCUGGCCGACCAGGCGGACGCCAUCGUCGGCACGCCGCUGCGGAAGGGCAUCAGCGGCGGCCAGAAGAGGCGGCUCGGCGUCGCGAGCCAGCUCAUCACGGGGCCCAAGAUUUUGUUCCUCGAUGAGCCGACGAGUGGCCUCGACUCGGCUGCUAGCUGGGAGGUUGUCAACUACCUCAAGGGCGUCGCGAAGCGGAAUAAUCUCAUCGUCAUAGCCAGCAUCCACCAGCCGAGCACCUCGACCUUCAACCUCUUCGACAAGCUCCUGCUCCUCUCCUCGGGCAGGCCCCACUACUUCGGCCCCGUGUCCGACGUGGCCCCUCACUUCGAGUCGCUCGGGCUCCCCGUGCCCCUGCACACCAACCCUGCCGAGUUCCUGCUGGACCUCGUCAACGCCGACUUCAGCGGCGGCGGGUCUGCGCCGCAGCGCCUCGACGACAUGCAGCGCGCGUGGGCCGCCUCCGACCGUGCCAGCCAGCUGUCAGCCGCGGUGGCGGCGGCCGAGGAGCGCGGCGGCGGCGGCGGGCCGGAGGCGGAGGCGGCGCUCCUCGCGUCGGCGGGGACGGGCGAGAGGCGCCCGCGGUGGGUAGGGCGGACGGCGACGCUGCUGCACCGCAGCUUCGUCAAGAGCUACCGCGACGUGGUGGCGUACGGGAUCCGGCUGGCCAUGUACACGGGCCUCGCGGUGAUGAUGGGCACGGUGUGGCUGCGGCUGUCGACGGAGCAGUCGUCCAUCAUCCCGCUGACCAACGCCAUCUUCUACGGCUCGGCCUUCAUGUCCUUCAUGGCGGUGGCGUACGUACCGGCCUUUCUCGAGGACCGCCAGCAGUUCGUCAAGGAGCGCGCAAACGGCCUGUACGGCGCCGCCGAGCUGGUCGUGUCCAACUUCCUCGUCGGCCUCCCCUACUUGUUCCUCUUCUCGGCCGUCUUCUCGGCCCUCUCGUACUGGCUGUCCAACUUCCGCCCCACGGCCGCCGCCUUCCUGACCUGGAUCUUCUGGCUGUUCCUCGACCUGCUGGCCGCCGAGUCGCUCGUCGUCCUGGUGACGGCGCUGUUCCCUUCCUUCGUCGUCAGCCUCGCCCUCGUCGCCUUCGCAAACGGCCUCUGGAUGUCCGUCGACGGCUUCAUGGUCAGCCCCGAGGUCCUCAACGCCUUCUACCGAUACGUCUUCCACUACUGGGACUACCAGAAGUACGUCUUCCAGAACAUGAUGAUCAACGAGUUCGCCGGCCGCUCGUACGAGUGCGCCCCCGCCCGCGACCCGGCGCCCGGCUCGCCGGGGUGCACGUGCAUGUUCGUGACGGAGCUGGCGGGCCAGUGUAGGAUUGCCGGCCAGGGUGUGCUGGACCAGUACGGCUACGAGCCGGGCCACAUGGGGAGGGACGUCGGGAUCAUGAUGGGCAUCAUCGCGGGUUAUCGCAUCGCCGGGUGGAUUGCGCUGACGUUGAGGAAGUAAUUUCCCGGGAGGGGGAGGGGGAGCUUUGUUGGCGAGCGAGAGGCGCUCAUCGAAGGGAGUAUUUCGAUCGUAUAGAUAUGAGCGUAUUGUGUGUUUUGGAUGGGAAUAUCUGGUGGCAAUUUCGCCUUCACCG